GCAAAGGUCUUCAGAACGCGCCCUUAAGUGCCAUCAGCGCGUCCUUCGGAAUGCGCCUCAACCGGCGGUGAUUGGUCCGCGGCCGCGCCGCCAUUAUGUCCUUCCAUCGCGCCUACGUGACUAGUCGGACGCGAACACUCUCGACGAAAGUACCGUUUUUACCGACGCGUGUGCGCAGAUAUAAAGUGUUGUUUUCUUAAAGUUGAUUGUAAAAUACCUUUAUUAAAUUUGUCAAACUAACUAUCGUUUUACUCCAAAAUACCCGAAAACCCAUGAACAUUAAAAAUGGCGCCCAACUAGAGGCUUUGGAGUAAACUUUUACGUGAACUUUUUGUGAAACUUCGUGAAAAGUUAUUAUCGUAAAAAAAAAAGUAUGACAAAAUCGCGCACACGUCGUCAGUCUCGUCGACAAUCUGAGUUUUUCGACCCGGCGGAAGACGGUUCUUCCCCGCCGCCGACUACAACGGGAAAUAUGUCUGUCAACGACAUGGCCGCCAUGAUGUCCACGUGGCAACGCAACCAAGAGGAAACGUUUGAGAGACUACUGCACACAGUUCUCAACCACUCGCAGCGGCCAUCGUCCCCGCCCGCUCAACCUGCACAUGGAAACUUCGCUUCGUGCAAGGCUCGCUAUAGCGGAGCGCCAGACGAAUCUCUCGACGGCUUUAUAGACGCCGUAGAAGCCUACAAAGAAUGUGCAAAUGUUAACGAAACUAAUGCACUACGUGGGUUGUCAAUGUUGUUAACUCAUGAAGCCGCGACAUGGUGGCAAGGGAUUAAAACCACCACGAACAAGUGGGACCACGCCCUCACAUCCCUCAGAGGUGCGUUUGGUGAUAGCCGACCUCCGCAUCGUAUAUACAAGGAGCUAUUCGCCAACCCACAACAAGCAAAUGAGAAAACGGAACUCUUUAUCGCAAAAACACGAGCGUUAUUAUCACGUCUACCAAAGGACGAUCUGACAACCAAAGUCCAGAUGGACAUGGUGUACGGACUACUACAUAGUAAAAUACGAGAGCGUUUGAGAAGAGAGGAGAUUGAUACAUUCGACACGCUACUCAGAAAGUCUAGAGAGAUAGAAGAAUCUUGCGACGAGAGUCUAUCAACCACUGGCCUUCAGAACAAGCUGCGACAACGCCAGUUCCCGCCAACUUCUCGUCACGCCGCAAGCGUCGCCGCCGCCCAGGGGUCAACGACCGCGCCACCACUAGCACCGCAGAGCGCGCCCAAGCCGCCUGCGCCCGCCGCUGAGUCCAGCGCCCACGGCACCUACCGCCGUCCUCCUCGCAACUCCGUGGUGCCGCACACACCGUCGUCUCUACAACCCCACGGCUCUUCUACGCCGUUCGCGAACGCCAAACGUCGAUAUUGCUUCUAUUGCAAGAGUUAUGGACAUACACGUGAUGAGUGUCGUAGGUUAGCAGCUAAAGGCAAACAGGACAUUGAUAACGCCGCCGACCCUAUCCCGUCAUGUUACGGAUGCAAUGAGCGAGGUGUCACUCGAUCACAGUGUGCUAAAUGUAAUUCGGACUUCUCUGCGUGUGAAUACGACCGUCCGAAAGGCGCGCUGAUGGGCACAUACGGUACAAGGUAUUCCACCACUGUUAUCAAAUCAUCUUGUGAUAAGGAUGAGUCCCAGGUGAGUUCCAUUUCAUCUUAUAACAGUGUGUCACAUAAAGGUUUCCCCUCAAGCAUGUUACCACCCCCCAAGUCCAACUUUGAUUCAGUGAACCAUAAACCGUCAUUGGUAAAUAAUAUUGCAUGGGAAUGCUCUGAAAAUUUUUUGCCUACUCAAUUUAAAUCAGCUUUACCUGAAUUGUUUCAUACUAAAAAUAAUCACACAGAGUUUUUACCUAAACAAUUUACAUCUGUGUUACCUGAGUUAUUUUAUGCUAACAUUGAUCACAUAGAGUUUUUGCCUAUUGAUUUUACUGCAUUCUUGCCAUAUCAAUACUUUCUUUGUGAUAAUGGGUGUGUCGUUAAUUUAAGUCGUGAUACUAAUAUGUUUGAGUGCAUGCCACAUGAUGCGCCUCCUCCGACUUCUAAGCUAACUAACAUGCUUGGUGAUUGUUCUAUAAGUAAGUGCAAUUUGACCACAACCAAAUCAAUCUCAUUUUCGACACCUACUGAUAAGAAUAGGGUGACUAUGAUUUUUUCCGGACAUCCGCGGAAUUCGAACAUAGAAGUUAGGGUGACCAUGAAAAAUGUUUUCUAUGAACAAUCCGGAAAUAUAAAUAAUUUGAAAAAUAAUUUUACUACGCCUACUAGGUUGACCAUGCAGGACGAUUUUAAUAAUAAUCAAAAAUUAUUUCCUAAAGUUGAGUCACAAUUUUUAUUAAAUAGAGCGACCACGUGUUCGAACAUUUCUCUGUCGACUCUUGAUUCAACUAAUUCAAACGCUCAUCCACAAGUGUCAGACACUUGUCAAUCCCAACGGAGACCAAUUCUUGGAGUGGAAAUUCUAGGUGUAAGGGGUACCGCACUAUUGGAUACAGGUGCUAAAGGGUGUAUUGCGGGUGCUUCCUUAUAUCAGGUGUUGCUUAGGCAUAAUCAUGCCUGCCAAGAAACCACUAAACGCGUUCGUCUCGCUGAUGGCUCCGUGCAGAUUCGUGAGUUAUUGGUUACUAACCUGCAUGUUAAACUAAAAAGUAAACUAUUGUGUUUGGAGUUCAUUAUUUUCCCAGACACCGAAUCCAAUGAUACUAUUCUUGGUAUGGAUUUUAUUGCUUCAGCGGGUAUGGUGCUUGAUUUCGCUGCUUCAAUUUGGUAUUUUUCUGGUGAUGAGGUUACUUACCCAUUGGAAUAUGAACUUUCCAGACCCUGCGUGUCCGUAUCCUCUGCAGAUUUCCUACGUGAGGAGGAAGGAGUUAUGCUGCAUCCCGAAGAGAGACUGCUGUUGUCCGACUUCCUAAAACAGAACGAAGACCUGUUCGAACCAGGGGGAGGACCAACUCCGUACGCAGAGCAUCACAUCGACACGGGCGAUAACGCUCCUAUAGCCGUUCCACCAUAUAGGCUCACUCCAGCAAAAAAAGAGAUAAUGAAGGCAGAGUUGGAGAAAAUGUUAGCAGACGACGUGAUUGAAGAGUGUGAGUCUGCGUGGUCUGCGCCUGCUCUUCUUGUCCCGAAGAAGGACGGAUCUUUUAGAUUUUGCGUCGACUACCGUCGCCUCAAUGCGAUCACCAAGACCGAUAGUUAUCCAAUUCCCUUAAUCGAUGAUUUGGAUGACAUCCUGGUGAUCACACAGGGAAGUUUUCAGGACCAUCUUCAGGAUCUUGACAAGGUUUUUGACAGACUGCGUCACUUUGGGCUCCACGCGAACCGCUCGCCAGGAAGUUACAUACCUAGGCCAUGUGAUCACACCCAAAGGAAUCAAGCCGGAUAG